AUGGGCUUCGACAUUCAAAGAUUUCCCAAUAGUAUCGAUGAAGAAUUACUUUGUUCUAUUUGUGGUGGUGUUUUACAAGAUCCUCUUCAAGCACCAUCUUGUGAACAUACAUUUUGUCAAAUUUGUAUUCAAGAAUGGUUAUCUCGAGCACAGACAUGUCCCAUCGAUCGAACACCAUUAGAAAUCGAUCAAAUGAAACCUGUGCCACGAAUUCUUAAAAAUUUACUUAGUCGUUUAGAUAUUUCAUGUGAAAAUGAAGGUUGUACGGCAAUAGUUAAAUUAGAUCUUCUUGUUAAUCAUCUAAUUGAUUGUGAAUAUAGUCCAAAAAAAUUAGUUCAAUGUGAAAAUGGUUGUGGAAUGAUGAUAUUAAAAAGUGAUAAUAAUAAUAAUAUAAAUCAUAAUUGUGUUCAUGUACUACGUAGUGAAUUAGAUGUGGUUAAAAAUGAAGUUCAAAAAUAUAAACAUGAUGUCGAUUUUUAUAAAAAUGAAGUACGAACACUUCAGGAAUUUAUUCGUAUUAUCCGUACGAAUAAUCCAACAAUAUCAUGUUUUUUAGAACGUGUAGAAAAUGAUGAAAUAUUACGCUGGUCAAGUAGUUUACAACUAGCUCGUGUAACUCAUUGGGGUGGUAUGAUAUCUACUCCAGAUAUUCUAUUACAAGAUGCUAUAAAACAAUCAUUACUUGAAAGUGGAUGUCCAAAUGAUAUUACAAAUGAACUUAUGGAAAAUGCACAUGAACGACAUUGGCCAGAAGGACUUUCAACACUUGAAACUCGACAUUUAAAUAGACGACAUUAUGAAAGUUAUGUAUGUCGACGUAUUGUAGGUCAACAGGCUGUUGUUGUACUUAGUUGUGAUAAUCGACAUAUGAAUGAAAUAAUGCUUGUUGAACCAGGUAUUGUUAUGAUAUUCUCACAUGGUGUUAAAUGA